GUACUGGGGAGGCUUCAAUUUGUUAACAAAGAUGUUGCGGAGCGCGCUCUGCAGAAAUACAAGGAAAAGAUAGGACACAGGCAUAGGAGGGAAAUUACACCAACUCGAGGAGCUGUUCAUUGGCGGUUCUGCCCAAAGCGGCCGGGCGAGUCACAAAAUUUCGAUCGAGUUGCUUAUCGACGUUUUGCUCGUGCUCUACGACGAAUGUUGCAAUUCUUCGUUACGCCGUGAGAAGACUGUUUCCGACUUAAUUGAGUUCGUGAAACCGAUAGCUUCGUGCAUCAAGAAUUGGCAGUUGACGCGGGAGGACUUUGAGAUCGUCAAGGUCAUUGGCAGAGGUGCUUUCGGGGAAGUAUGGGUCGUGAGAAUGCGCGGCUCGGACAAGGUGUUCGCUUCAUCGAUUCUAUUCUCCAACUCUCCAUGAGCUUCUCGGCUUUCCGAAUAUCGUGGCUUUCAUCGCCCAGCGACACGUCCAACUUUGACGUUGACGACACCGACGUUCGCACUUCCGAUGCCGUUCCACCAGCCGCAAAUUCUGCCUUUUCCGCGCUUCAUUUGCCAUUUGUUGGUUUUAGUUUCACGCAAGGAAGUUGCAUAUCGGAUCUGGGCUGUAUUUCUGCCCUAACACAGACAGACAAACGCAUGCAGAUACUAGAGGAAGAAAAUGCACGACUGAUACAAACUAUUGAUGAUAUGAAAAAUCAAUCGAGUAUUAGUCACACUUCGCCUGGUAUCUCGCCGGAUUCUAAUAAUGCGACCAGAAAACUUCAAGAUGAAAUAAAUACGCUUACGAAACGCAGUUGUGAGUUGGAGUCGCAGUUGAAGUCGAUGGAAGUUCCACGCGAAUUACAAACUUUAGAUAACGGUGACAUGACGAAAUUCCGGGAACUUGAGAAGCUAGUUCGGUGUCUACGUACGGAGAAGGAAGAAGCUAUCAAGGACAAGCUGGACGUGCAGGAGAAAUUGAAGCUUCAGGACAAAGAGUUGAAGGAUGCGCUCACGCAACGUAAACUCGCGAUGGCGGAAUAUACGGAAGUGUCGGACAAAUUAUCCGAGCUGCGGCAGCAGAAGCAAAAGUUAUCGAGACAGGUUCGAGACAAGGAGGAAGAGUUGGAGGUCGCUAUGCAGAAGGUCGAUACUUUACGCCACGAUAUUCGGAAAGCCGAGAAGCUGCAUAGAGAGUUGGAGAAUAGAAUCGAUGAAGCGAUCUGAUAU